AUGCAAACACACCAUGCAAAAGAGAAGGUAGGAUGGGUUGAUCAAAAGCUCGAUCCGAAGGUUGAAGACGCAAAAAUGAAAUUAAAACAAAUCGAAUCUAUAAUGUAUCGAUAUCAAAACAACAUAUUUAAAAUCAUAGAAUCCAUACCUAAACUAAAUACCACAUGCAGAGAAUUUUCACGCUUUUUUGUGCAAUGCGACAUGAAAUUUGGAGGAAAAUCUAAAACGUUGACUAACACACUCGACUUAUUUUUCGAAUCUGCAGAAGAAAUUUGUGAUCAAUCGUUAAUUAAACAUUACGAUGAAAACUUAAAAUCAACCUUUAAAGAAAUACAAGAAACUAUUGAUAAACUUAAAGAAAUUAAAGCUGAGAGACAUAAUAUUAGACUACUUAAAUGUGCAUAUGAAUCAAGACUUGAAUCUUUAACUCAUAGUGGUGAUCCUGAGUCUGUUGCUACCACCAGAAUUGCUGUUGAUGAAAAGACUAUAGAGUUUAAUCUGAUAUCAGAGAAAUUCGUUCGAUAUGUUAAUAAUUUAUGGAAUAUUCGAGUAGAAUUAAUAGAACGCCCAAUGCAAGAACUUGUAGCUCUCGUAUUUGAGAUCAUUAAAGGCAUAUAUUUGCCAAGUAAGAUACUUCAAACUCAUGUUUCGAAAGAAGAAUUGAUGAAAGAAUAUUUACCAAGUGUUCAACAAAAUAAUUAG